GGCAGUGGGCAAGAGGAUCAGUCUGAGCUGAAGUGUUCACAGGGUUUCUUGCAGAGAGAAAGAGAGAGAGAGAGAAAAGAGAAAAGAGAAAGGAGUUCCUGCACCUUCAAAUCCAUUGACCACUUUUCUUCUUGCCUACAAAAAAAGGCAUUUAGCUUUUUUUGAGUUUAGCCCUUUCUCUCAACCAAAAGUCGUUUUUUUCUAAAAGAUCACCCCAUUGACCUCUUGAUUUUUUUUUUUUAUUUGUUUAAUUAUUUGGGUCUCCACUUCUGGGCGGUUGCAUUUUGCCUGCCUCCACAAUGAAGCCUCCUGCACUCCUGUGCCCCUGGAAGGCCGUUGUGCCGCUGCUCAUGUCCCUGGUGUGCCUGACCCAGUCCUCGGAGUACGAGUACCUGACCUGGAAGAGGGAGCUUUUCCCAACUGGUCCAGAAGUCUAUGUAAAGCCGCCGCAGUGCCUGGAAAUCCCGGAUGACCUCAGACUCUGCCACGGCGUCGGAUACAACCAGAUGCGCCUACCCAACCUUCUGGAGCACGAGACCAUGGCCGAGGUCAAGCAACAGGCCGGCAGCUGGGUGCCCCUGGUGCACAAGAACUGUCACCCAAGUACCCAAGUGUUCCUUUGCUCCCUCUUCACCCCGGUUUGUCUGGAUCAACCCAUCUACCCGUGCCGCUGGCUGUGCGAGGAUGUGCGAGAUGCAUGCACGCCCAUCAUGCAGGCCUUUGGCUUCCCCUGGCCUGAGAUGCUGACCUGCAACAAGUUCCCGGAGGGUGACGUCUGCCUCAGUGCGCCCAACGCUUCAGAAAGUGCCCUUCCCAACGGUGUCUCUCCAAUUUGCCCUCCCUGUGACCACGAGGUGGACGCUAUUUUGGACCACAUAUGUGCCAGCGAGUUUGUCAUCAAGACCAAGAUCAAGGAGGUGAAACGGGAGAACAAUGACCGCAAGGUGAUCCUCCAGAAGAAGAAGAAGACCCUGAAGCAGGGAACUCUGAAGAAAAAGGACAUGAAGAAGCUCAUACUAUACCUGAAGAACGGCGCCGACUGCCCGUGCUCGCAGCUGGACAACCUGAACAACAACUACCUCAUCAUGGGCCGCAAAGUGGACAAGCAGCACAUCAUCACCGGCAUCCACAAAUGGGAUAAAUCCAGCAAGGAGUUCAGGCAGACCAUGAAGCAAAUGCGAAACCACAAGUGUCCGACCUUCGAAAACGUCUUCAAAUAAUCCCCCCAGUCCCCCCCAACAUUCCUUCCUACUUUUAAAUGAACUUGCACAUCCAAGCAAUCCCAGAUACCCCGCCCCCAACCCCUACUUUGUUUUAUAUACAGUAUAUAUUAUAUAUUUCUAUGUGUAUUUUCAGAUCAACACUUUUUUUUUCUUUUCGUUUUGAGUCUGCUCUGUUUAUUAAGAUAGAGGACUCUAACCGGAGUGAUUUACUUUACCAAUGGUACGGCUGAUACCCUUAAACUAUCCGGCAACUGAUUACUAAUGUAUAUAUCCAUAAUCUCACCAUGAAUGGGCUGUAAAAUGACCAGAAUCCUUCUUGAAUGUUUCCGAUAUUUCCUUUUUCCAUUUAUCUUGCUAUAAAUUAUAUCACGGUAGUCAUGAUAGAUACACAUACACAUGUAGGUUGGCUAAAGCUUUCUGGAUGAUCUGACACUUGUAUUUUACACUGUGAAACCAGCACGAGCCUUGAAUGUUACAUUGUUGUUCCUUAUUGUAGACUUCCUUCAGAAAGUAAGUCUACCAAUAUUUAGUAAUCAGUUCAAUAAAGAUCAUACUGUUGUUCUGUAUAAAUUUUUAACAGGCUUGUUCUGGUUGAAGAAGCACAUGUAGACAUGGCAUGUCCCCCACUGAUGAAGAUACUUUGAGCUCUCAGUGGCUCAGCAGAGAAAAGACCAAUUUAUGCUGUAUGUAUAAAUACACGACAAAAAAUGACAAUAUCAUCUAUGUACACCCCACAUACAGCAGCAUGUAGACUCUUCAGAAAUGUUCCUAUACUUUGCAGAAACUUAGACAAAUCAUCAUAUUCCCAUUUUAACAUUUGUGCCUCUUGACUUUUUAAAUAUAAAACAAUGCAAAAACACAUCAACGCACAAGUAUAAACGCUAACAACAGCAGCGUAGCUUUAGAUAUAGAUGUAGAUACAGUAUAUAAAUAAGGGAGUUUGGAUCAAAAGCUCAAUUAUCAAGGGUCAUGCUACUUCGCUAUCAGCAGCUGGAGCCAUGCUCUCACUUGGUGGAUAGAUGGCACUAUCUCCCCUCUUAUCACUCAUAUGUAAGCUGAUGUACAGUAUCUUAGAUGGUGAUCUGGCGCUUUGCUUGGCACCUUUGGUUUCCUAGUGGUUCUGCAUUGGUAGGAAGUAGAAUAUAGAGGCAGAGUCAAAUUUCACAAGUAUCGGAGGAGGCAUGCACUUGUCCUGACCCUCCUAUUGUCACAGAAUUGCAAGUGAUUAGUGGGUGAGUGGUUGAUUUACUAACUAACUAAACUAAAGUUAGUUUUGGGUUGAAAUAGGAAAAAAAUUAAGAAAUUGUAAUAAAAAAGAGACAGUUUAACAUGAUAAAAUCACGAGUCAGUUGGGGUAGUUUUUUUCCAUUCCCAAGUAUUGCUUUUACUUUUUACAAAGUGGAUUUACAUGGGUAAACUGGCCAAAAAGUAAAAUCAGUCAAAAUCCAGCUAUCCCACGCUGCCAUACAUGCCAACAUUAAAUGUCUUUUCAUGUGUCCUCUUCGCUGUUAGCACUAUUAGCAUGAUUUCGUUUGUGUGCCCUUUGUAAAAUGUCGUCAAAUCACUUUGUACAUAAAGUUCAAACACGAUUUUAAAAAUAAAACCAUGACCACAAA